AUGUUCAAAAACUUCAUUGAAAAUGAGAUUGAUUCAAAGUCAAGUGCUGAAUUGCGUGCAAAGUUCUUCAAGAAUAUAGAAGUUAAGCGAGAAAAGAUGUCUUCUAGUCAGCAGCAACAUCAACCACCACCACCACUAAAGAGGAUAAAAACCCUUACUAAUAAGGAAAGGGAGCAGAAGUUAAGGAAAACUGGUGUCCAACCAAAUGAUAAGCAGAAUUUUGUAGAAAAGCCAAAAAUUGCAAAAGAAAAAGGGCAGAAUUUGAAGAAAGGUAAAGUACAGAUGGAAGCAAGUAUGACUCACUCACAAGGAUCAACAUGUAGACAAGAAAAAGAACUUCCUUCUAAAUCUACUGCUGUGGCUCACAAGAUUACUAACGAAGUAGAUUCUAGAAUGACUCAAGAUUUGAAGAGAAAAGAGACCACAAAUGAAGAUGAUAUUGAAGAGUGUGGCAGUUUGCAAGAAAGGCCAACUAAGAAGGGAAAAACACGUCAAUUUGCUUCAAUGCCGAUUGAUACUUUUCUUCAACUUAACAAUGAACCUGAUGAUGAAGAGCAAUUGGAUGAGAAUGAAGGAGAUAUUAUAGAGGAGCAGGACAAGGAUUAUAUUAAUCCAACUGAGGCUGAGAACAUAGACAAUACUUUGAAAGAGACAACAGUGAAGAAAACACGAGGUCCUACACAAUGCUUGAAGAUUCAUGCAAGACAGAUGGAGGAUAGAGAAGAAAUUACUCUAGAUAAUGAAGGAGAGGCAAUUGGUCCUACUGAUGAAGCUGUAAAUAACUUGAGCAAAUUUUUGGGCACAGUGGCAAGGAAUUCAGAUUUUUGUCCAUUAAUUUACACAAAUUGGAAGGGGAUUAAAGAUAAAGAAGCCAUUUGGGAAUAUGUUAAAGCUAAGUUCAUUAUUCCAACUGAAGGAAAGAGGAUAGUCCUUGCUCGUAUCAAUGACAACUGGAGACGGUAUAAGACCACAAUCAAGCAAAAUCAUUUUCUGCCAUACAAAUGUGUUAACGAAAUGCUGAAAAAUCGUCCUAAAAGCAUACCUGAGAGUCAUUUUCGCAAGUUGAUUGCUUAUUGGAGAACUGAGAAAGUUAAGAAAAUGUCUGCGCAGAAUAAGAAAAAUAGGGCACAACAGAAAUUUAGCCAUCGAAAGGGACCAAUAAAUUUUGCAAGAAUACGUGCAAGAUUGGCACAUCUGCAAGCUGAGAAUAAAAAGUCUAAAGAAUCAGCAAUUAGAGCUUUUCAAUCCAUAUUUGGCAAAGAGAAGGCAGGGAGAGUGCGAUGUCACGGAAGAGUUACCACACCAACUUUGUUGAAGAAAAAUGAAGAAAUUGCCACCCUUAAGCAGCAACAUGCAGUUGAGAAAGCAUCAUUAGAGGGUAAAGUUGAUGUGAUGCAAAAAGAAGUAGAUGAACUAAAAUCACUUGUUAAGAUGAUGUUGCAACAAAAAAGUUCAGGAGUGGACCUUGAGAUGUUAGCUGCUCAACUAGGAAGCACUUUAGGCAAUCCGAACAAUGAUGCGCAUGAGGAGGAAAACUAUGUUGAAGGGGAAAUCGAACUUGGUUAA